UAAUCAUGAGCCACGAGCACAAUGAUGUCACGGCUCAUAACCGUGAGACCUGGGACUCAAAAGCAAAAGACUACGACGCAAAGCCCUGGCAAAAGAAGAUAGCCUCUCAAGUAGCAUCAGCUCUGGAUUCUCAUGCUUCCUGGCUAGGAGCAAACUGGACAUCUUCCACAAACAAAGAAUGCAGACUACUGGACUAUGCUUGUGGUACUGGCAGUGUGACUAGAGUGAGUUCACCUCCUCUUUACUCUUCUAUAGUCAAGUUGGUUGCAAGAAAUACUGAUAUAGAGAUUGAUAAAGNNGCAUUAAGCAACCACAUAACCCACGCAACAGGUCUAGACAUCUCAUCUCAGAUGCUAGAGCAAUACAGCACUUUGCUAUCCUCAUCCCACCCAUCCUUGCAUCUCUCCACCGCAGUCGCCGAUUUCUGCUCCGAAACCCCUGAUGCCGCAAUCUCUGGCCCCGAAUUCCACAACUUCGACAUCGCAGGCGUAGCCCUCGGCUUCCACCACUUCAACAACCCUUCCCUCUGCAUCUCCAACCUCUUUUCCCGCCUGANNCCAAAGGGAGGAGUUUGUUUUAUCGUCGACUGGCUACCCAAAGACGUUUCUCCGUCCGAACACAUUGGCCACCAACACGCUCACCCAGACACCAAACAAACUGACACAGAAGAAUGGAAGAAAAUGCAANAAACAAUCAAGACUAAUGGGUUUAGCGAGCAAGAUAUGAGGGGCUUUUUUGAGAGGGCAGGGUUUGUGGAGUUUGGGUUUGUGGUUUUGGAGGAGGGGUUCGUCUUGCAGAUGAAUGGGAAAGAGGUUAAGAAGACUGGGUUUAUUGCUAAGGGGAGGAAGGUG